AACCUGGUAGAUAGAAGGUUGGAAAAGCUGACAUACUAGCUGUCAUCAUAGAACAAUGUCAAGAAUUAGGUCUCAAGUAAUGAACAAGGUUGGCUGACGUUGAUGUCGCACCUUUGCCGAUUGCAGGGACCCUCCCAUCAGUCCAUCUCCCCUUUGCCCUUUUCAUAUAUUUCGGAACUGUCAAAUUUGUCACGUCAUUUUUAGGUUAUAAAAAGGUGUAAUGUUUAUUUUGAAAAAUUCAUAGGUAUUACCGCAAUCAUGUUCAAGAAACUGAAAGAGAAAAUCACCGAGGAAGUGAAGAUUUCCCCACAACGAUUCGCGGAGUUUACACAGUCGGUUAGCGAUAGAUUGCAGCCGACUACGAGUUCUGAGGAUAGCUUCUUCUCUAUAGGAGAAGACGAUGCGAACACUUCAGCUACUAGUACCAGUAAUAACGACCACGGCUUUUCAAGCGUUACGUUGGUGUCUCCCUCCCAAGAGACGAGGUAUCGAAAGAACUCCACUUCUUCGGUCGCCAGCGAUGUGUCUUUCCUGCCACGGUACGAGGCUGGCAGCAUGUACCACCUGCAAUCUGAUCUGGAUGUUUCUGCGAGUGAGUUAGAAGAUAAUGUUUCAACGAAUUCUACAAUUGGUCAUCUGAGUAAGGAGCAGAUAUACUCCGCUUUUCAAAAGUCCCAAAUGCGUUACCACAAGUACAGGGGACGAUUCACGGAUUUGUCAAGACAUUAUAAAGACUUGGAGAGAGAAAAUGCGAAAAUGAAGUCAGUUCUGGUGGAAACCCAAGACAAAGCUAUACGGAGAGUAAGCGAAUUGAAGGAGCAGUGCAGUUUAGAGCAGAAAGCCAAAGCACAUCUGGAGAGUUCCUUGAGAGACGAGUUGGAUGAGAAAAAUUAUAAAAUCAAAGCCCUCGAAACCAAAAUUGAAUUAUUAGGUCGCGAAUCAGGCAACAAUUCUCUGAUAGAUUUUGAUCCACAAAAAACUAACAACCAGGAAGACAUGGAAAACUUAAACAAGUAUCUCAAUGAUGCUAGAAAGGAAAUAGAAGCCCUCAAUGCCAAACUUCAAGAAACAAAAGCCAAUACCAUAAUAUUCCAAACCAAGGAAAUGGAGUACAAGUCGAGAAUAUCCAACUUGGAGAAAGAGAUAGCGCAGAUUUUGGAAAGGGAGAAGGAAAAUAAUCUAAAGAUAGCCGAAACGAAGAUGGAGUUACACAACGAGUUGUCUAGCAAAGAAGCGGCAAUAGAUACUUUGAAGAAGGAAAACGAAUCUCUGAAGCAAAGUUUGGACACGUUUGAGACUGAGAGAAAAACCAAUGUCAAUGUUAAAUUGGAGAACCUGCAAAGCCAGAACAAGAAACUGAUAGAAAAAGUGGAGAACUUGACACAAAAAUCCAACAACCUCGAAAACGAGUUGUUGAGAGUUGAAGCAUACAAGUUAGAAAUUAAAGACCUCAAGGAAAACGAAGCAGUAUUAGAAAAAGAAAUAACUCAGCUGCGUUUGUCUGAAGAAAAGUUGACGAAGGAAAGGAAAGAGUUUGAGAACCAAAUAACGAGUCUACGAGAAGACGCCAAGAAGGGACUGCUCUCUCUCGAGCCUAAGAUUAGGGAAAGAGUUCAAAACGAAUACUUGGCGAAAGAGGAACAGUUGAAACAGGAAUUCGCCGUGAAAGUUCAAGAACUCUCUUCCACAAACAGCAGCGUGAAACAAAUACAGCUGCAGCUGUUAGAGAAGGAUGAUUUGCUGAAGAAGAGCACAGCGGAAUUACACACCGUCAAAUCUGAGCUGAGCAAUAUUAUCGAGGACUACAAAAACCUAGAGAAAAAUCACCUGGAGCUCAUAGAGGAGUGCACGAAGCUUCACAACACCAUUUCAUCUCUGGAAAAAGAGAAAACGGCGCUGGACGCUCAUGAGGAAAAAUCGUCACGCCUUGAAGCCCACAUCAGCACCCUCCAAAAAGAUCUGGAGGAAUCUGAGGAAAAAACCAAGCAGAAAGAAAGAGAAAACAUUGUUCUGUGCCAACAAAACUUCGACCUCCAGCAAACUCUGAGUCGGACCAACGAAAAACUGCGAAUCCUUGAAGUGAAAGAUGAGGCCAUCGACUUGGACUCUUCGGAAAGCAAGCUGUUGGAACUGAAAUUGCAGCAACUUGAAGAGGAGCAGAGCUCCCUGUUGUCCGAAUUCGAAACCGAGCGAAAAAUGUUCAAUGACCUUCUGGGCGACCAUCGGGACCUGAAGAAGAGAGAGCUCGAGAUCGAAACACUCAAGGAAGAUCUCGAGGCCAGCCGAGAGGAACUGGAGCGGUUAAAGGCGAACUUGGAAUCAGAGCUCGAAAAGAGCGUCAAAAUCAACGACGAAAAACUCAACUACGAACGUCAGGUCGAGAAACUGAAAGAGAAAGUUAGAAUAUUCGAGGAGAAAGACGAGGCUAUUAAUCUUGACAGAACCGAGUGCGGCAUCCUCGAACUGAAGCUGCAGAAAGCUGAGGAGGAUAACAGAAGGCUGUCGUUAUCGUUCGAGUCUGAGCGUAAAUCGUUGGCAAACGAUUUGGACGAGAUCAGAAAAGACUUGAAGUUCGAGGGAGAGGAGGUCGGUGAAGAGGAUUUGAAACACAAGCUGAACGACGUUAGGAGGUUGUCGGAAUCGAAGGAUAAGGAAAACGUUGAACUGUCAAAAGAAGUAUUGCAGCUGCGCCAGCAAAAUGCUGUCUUAACCGAGCAGACAAGGUUACUGGAAGAAAAACUGGAAACUGUAGAAAUGGAAAGCACAGAAAGCAAACUUCUCGAAGUCAAGGUUCAAAAAUUAGAAGAAGAGAGGAAUACCAUGUUGAAGGAAUUCGAAAUGGAGAGGAAAAUGUUUGAAGAACUUCUGGAAAACCACAAGGAACUGCAACAGAAGGAGGCUCUAAUAUCACAGCUGGAAGAAACCAUCUUAAAUAGUCGUCUGAAAUUGGAGGAACUAGAGAUGAAUCUAUCAAAAGAAAAGAAAGAAAACGUGCAUCUGGCAGAAGAUAAACUCGUUUUAGAAAAACGGAUAGCUAAACUCGAAGAGCGAGUAAGAAUCUUCGAAGAAAGAGAAGAGGCGUUGGAGCUGGAUCGAAGCGAGUGUGGCAUUCUUGAACUGAAGUUGCAGAAGCUCGAAAACGAGAAUCAAAAUCUUCUGGAAACGUUCGAACUAGAAAGGUUGGCUUUCAGGAAAACCGGCGAGGAAAGCAUCAGGAAUUCCCAUAGAGUCUCCGAGCUCCAAGAGGAAAACUCGAAAUUGAAGGAACUCGUCGAAACUGGCAAAAAGAAUAUGGAGCGACUUUGCGCUGAAAUAUCGCACCACAACCAGCAGAGCGAGGAAACUGGUUCAAAAAUAGCCAGCCUUCUAGAAAGAAUAAACACUAUGGAGGAAGAAACUCGAGCUUUACAUCUCACCCUACGUGCGUCUGAGGAAAAAUCUAAAGCCGACCUCGACCAAAUCAACGGCCUCACUAGCGACAACAUCAGACUGAAGCGAGAUGUGGAAGAAAGAGACAAGCAGAUAUCGGAACUUUCUAAGAACAUAGAAAACCUGAGUCAAGUAAUAGAAAAGCAAACAGAGGAGUUCAACAGGUUGCUCCUGCGAACCCAGCAGCUAGAUACGGCCCUGGAGCAAAUGAGGACAGAUAAUUCAGAGGCCAUCCAAAAGGAGAAGGAACAGCAGAGCAACCUCGAGUUGAAGACGGAGCAGCUUCAGAAGGAACUAGAAGAGAAGACAGCCGAGUUAGAAGACUUGAACGAGAAACUGAUAGAGCUGGAAAAGCUGUACUCAGAGGAGAAGAAAAACUACCAAGAGAAAACAGCAGAAGCAGAAGGACUCCGGGAAAGGGUGAUAGAGUUGAUGGCGAGUUGCGAGAAUGUCGCACAAGAUAAACAGGAAAAGGAGUCAUUAGAAAAGAGACUAAAAGGCGUGGAAAGUGAUCUGAAGGACAAAACAACCCAGCUGAAAGUGAGGGAGCAGGAAAACUACAUCCUGCAAGAGGAGCGAGAUAGUCUCUUAGCCGAAAUCGACAGUCUGAGGAUGAACCUGACCGAUCUCGGCAAGGAAAACGGUAGUUUGAAGUCACAGCUCGGUUCGAUGAGUAGUUCAAACGUAAAGCUCGGUCAGUUGGAACUGGAAAACGAUGUGCUGAAAGCCGGGGCUGCGAAGAGUUGUGAAGAGAUAUCGCAGUUGAACGUGCGGUUGCAGCAAAUAUCGUCCGACAACCAGAACGUUGUGGAGGAGAAUCAGAACCUGAUGCACGAGAAUGAAGAGCUGAAGAUCAAGCUAGAGUACCUGGAGAGCGAGAAGGGGGAAUUUGAUGCGGCGAGGGCCAAGUUUGAGGAGGAAAUAAAAAGCCUGAGCAGUGGUUUGGUGGAAACUAAGCAGCAGGUCGAGAUGCUGCAGCAGCAGCAGCAGAAUGUUCAGUUGGGCAAGGAGAAGCCCGCGAAUACCAACGGUCCGGACGUGGCGAAAAUCCAGAGGGACUAUUUCGAAAUUAAGAGCACCUGCAAUGAGUUGUACGUGGAGAACAGCAACUUGAAGGCGGAAUACAGCAAGCUCGAAGAAAAGUGCAACAGCUUCGGAAAAAUCAAGCAGAAACUUGAGGCACAGAUAGCGGAACUGGAAAGCCAGUACGGCGAACUCCAGCACGAGAAGCAGCUACUCCAAGACGAGGUGCAGGAGCUGAAAACGUCCCCCCUCAACUGCCAGAGCGAUUCUUCGCGACUGGACCGCUUGGAGAUCGUCAAGAAGGAACGCGCGAUUCACGACGAAGUCCCUGCCCAUGAGAUCGAAAUUCUCAGAGACAAACUCACCAAGUACAAAUCGCUCGACCUGACCAACAAGAGCUCGAUCGAGUUCUACGAGAACGAGUUGCGGAAAAUGAAGAAUCAGAAUGAAAAGCUGAACAGGAAAUUGGACGAGACUCUGGUAACUUUGCAUCAUUGCGCAGACCUUUCGUCGAGUACCGAGGUCGAGUACUUGAGGAACGUGCUGUACAAUUACAUGUUGGGCAAGGAGAGUUUGGUCCUCGCCAGAGUAAUUGCUGCGGUUUGUAAGUUUGACGCACAGCAGACUGAGACGGUUCUGCAGAAGGAGCAACAAAAACAGACGUUGUUGGGGCACCUCGGACUCAUUUAACAGUUGGAAGAGUCGAUAGGACUUUGAAUUAAUUUAUUGGAAGAGAGACGAGUAUACUGCCUAAAUACUUGACCCUUCUUGCGUCACAUGCUGUAAAAAAGUGCUUCUCACCAGAAAACUUCUUCACAUUUAUAAAGCGUGUUAGUGGUUUGAAAAGGCACACUUUUGUUUGAAAAAAUGUACAUUCCAGACUGUAUUACUUAUUUAAAUUCAGGGGAAAACCGUCGGAUAAACUCGAAGAUUGUUCUAGGAAAAUUCCAACUGUUCGUAAGGACUCGUUUUUUCUAGUUUGAUGUGUGCAGAUGUUUAGAUGAUAGUGAGGCUUCUCAUAUUGGAAAUAUUUGAAGUUUCUUUACAUUGAAGAAUUUCCUCGAAAGGGCGGGUCUUGAAAUUUCAACUUAUAGUUCAAUUCUGUAAUUUUAAGUGAUUUGUGGGGUAACUAAAUUAAUUACUACUUAUUUAUAUACUUUUACCAUUUUACUAGCUAAUUAUUGACCUAAUUGUGUAAAUAAUUGUUAUAUAUAGUCUAAUUUUUAUGUAUAUUGUUAAAAUAAAUUUUUUAACCCAAA